AUGGCGUCCAACACACCGCUGCGCGAUCCGUUUGCUACCGAAGACGACGAACCACCACGCUCAGGUGCGGGUCGACCACCUCCACGCACCUCCCGAUUCGGCGCACCAGGUCCCACGCCAUCGCUACGAGCCACACCGCCCACUCAGCCGUCGUCACGACCGCAUGGAUCGCUCGGCGCACCGCGGUCACUCGGCCUCUCGCUAGGAGUGCCGCGCUCGCGCAUGGUCAGAACUAAUGCUGUCGAGCAUUCCGAGGCGGAUGGAGGGCGCAGGACGGUGCAGACGGACGAUGCGGUGCGUGCCACCGACUCGGACGCACUGCUCUCGCGACUCUCGGCGCUGCGUCUGGGCUAUCUUUCCCCCGAGCCGUACACGCAGGAGUUUGCAGCGGCAAGCGCGUCGAGCGCGCGAGGGAUGCAAGAUUCAGCGGCGCGCAGGUCGCCGCUCAUCAACAUCGGCACGUUCCUGCGAUGCAGCACCAUCGACCAGCACGUCGAGACGUUCCUCAUGGCCGGCACGGGCAGGAAGCAGAUCAUCUCGAUAGGCGCAGGUAGCGACAGCAGGUACUGGCGCAUCAUGUCGGAUGCACGACUGGCGGGGCAGCUGCAGCAGUACAUCGAGGUGGACUUUGCCGAAAACGUGCAGCACAAGCUAGCAUGCAUCCGCAAGAGCAGUGUGCUCCAGUCGCUUCUCGACGCACCUCCAUCCGACGCGAGGCAGCGCGACGAGCAAGGCAGAUGCGUGCUUCGGUCGUCUAAAUACUCGCUGCUUGCUGCCGACGUGCGUCUGCUCCACCCGGACACGCCGGAGGCGGAUCGGAUCGAGGCAGACAGCGUGUUCGGAGGGCUGGACGCGAGCCUGCCUACGCUGGUGCUGUUCGAGUGUGUGCUGGCGUACAUCGAGCCGUCGCGCGCCGACUGGCUGCUCGCGCACCUCGGCGAGCGAUUUGCGCGCAUCGAGGCGGUGAGCUACGACAUUGCGCUGGCGAGCGAUUCCGACGCCUCGUCAGCGUCGAGGUUCGGCGAGGUGAUGCUGGGCAAUCUCGAGCGACGCGGGUUGGAGAUGGCUGGAGCGAAAGCGUAUGCGACGAUAUCGGCGCAGAGCCGCCGCUUCGUAUCGGCAUGGAUCGGCGAUGGAUGCAAGACGCCGCAAGUGGAAGCCACGAGUCUGUAUGCAAUCUGGACCGCGCUGCCGGCGAGUCAGAAACAAAGAUUGUCGCGGCUCGAGGGGUUGGAUGAGCUGGAGGAGUUUGAUCUGCUGCUUCGGCACUACUGCAUUGUACGUGCGUAUCGCGAAUAA